AUGUUGGGGACCUGCCUCAGGCUCCUGGUCUGUGCUCUGUGUGGUGUCUGCAGCAUGCGCAUCAUCAGAGCCUAUCCCAACACCUCUCCACUGUUGGCCUCCAACUGGGGCGGCCUGACUCACCUGUACACCACCACGGACAGGAACAGCUACCACCUGCAGAUCCACAAGGACUGCCAAGUGGAUGGCACACCCCAUCAGACCAUCUACAGUGCCCUGCUGAUCAGAUCAGAGGAUGCUGGCUUUGUGGUGAUCACAGGUGUGAUGAGUAGGAGAUUCCUCUGUAUGGAUUUCAGAGGCAACAUUUUUGGAUCAGAUAAUUGA